UGUCAUUUGAUUUUUUCUCUGAAGUUUGAUUUUAACACUUAUUCUUGUCCUAUUUUUUAAUUGGAAUAUUUGUAAUUUUCUAUUAAGACUACUUGAAAUUACUAAAACAUGGACACAGUUGUGAAGAGUAUGUUAGAUGAAGACCCCGAGGAAGAAAAAAGGGGUUUGAAAAUAUUUGGAAGAGAUGUAUCGAAAAUUCCAUGCUUCAGAGAGAGUUUCCUUUAUGGCAUAGCUACAGGAAUUGGUGUGGGACUAGCUUCAUUUUUGAAAACAUCAAAACCUCUUAUGUCACAACAUAUUGGUGUCGGCACAUUUGCUAUUAGUACAUUAGUAACUUGGUCAUAUUGUAGAUAUCAAUGGUCGAAGCAAAAAUUUGAUGCUCAAUUAAUGCAAGAAGCACUUAAAGAUAAGAUAAGAUAUGAAGGAUCAGUUGUUGAAAAAGAAUUAGAAAGCAAGGGUAUUUUAAAGUCAGUCUAAACUUUACAAAGGAUUUCACAUAAUAAUAUAGAAAUAAAAAUCUUAAAUUGUAAAUAUAUAAGAAUAUUAAAACUUCCAGUUAUAUUAAAAAUCUUAAAAGAAAAAUAAUGAACAAGAAUCCUUAUAUAUAAUUUAUUUGAACUAGUAAUUUUCAAUAAAUGGCUAAGGUGAAUAAUAAUCAUUAAGGAUAAGUGUCUCUUUUAUUAAAUUAUUGCAAUAACUAUCGCAAAUCACAAUGAUCAUUUACAUGUAAAUCUUAUAUGAACAGUGCUAGAAAUAUUUUAUGUUUGGAAUAUAUGAUAUUUUGUUUGAUUAAUUUGUGUAAUUAUAACUUAUAAUAAGUAGUAACUACCAUGUAGACGUUUUAUAUAUGUUAUGUAUUUAUAGGAUAGCAUUAUUAUAUAAAAUCAAAUCUUUUUGUAAACAAUAAAGAAGUGCAUUGCCA